AUGGUGGAAAAUUUCAAUGAAAGCUGGGAAGGAUUUAUUCUUCUGGGUUUCUCUAAAUGGCCUCAUCUGGAAGUUGUUCUCUUUGUGGUGAUCUUGAUAUUCUACUUGAUGACACUGACAGGCAAUCUCUUCAUCAUCAUCCUGUCAUACCUAGAUUCCCACCUGCACACCCCUAUGUACUUCUUCCUCUCAAAUCUCUCUGCUGUGGAUCUCUGCUAUACCACGAGUUCUGUUCCUCAGCUGCUGUCCAACCUCUGGGGCCCAGAGAAGACAAUAUCUCAUGUUGGGUGCAUGCUACAACUCUAUUUUGUCCUUGCUCUGGGUACCACAGAGUGUGUUCUUUUGGUGGUGAUGUCCUUUGACCGCUAUGCAGCUGUGUGCAAACCCUUGCAUUAUUCUGUCCUCAUGAAUCCUCGUUUCUGUCACCUGCUCGCUGCAGCAUCGUGGGUAAGUGGCUUUACCACCUCGGCACUUCAUUCCUCCUUUACUUUCUGGGUACCUCUGUGUGGACAUCGCAAAGUGGACCACUUCUUCUGCGAAGUCCCAGCACUGUUGAGGUUAUCCUGUGUUGAUAUCCAUGCAAAUGAGCUGACCCUCAUGGUCAUGAGUGCCAUUUUUGUUGUUAUACCACUUAUUCUCAUCCUGAGCUCCUAUAGUGCCAUCAUAUGCACUGUUCUAAGAAUGCAGUCCACUGCUCGACUUCAGAAAGUUUUUGGGACCUGUGGAGCACAUCUUACUGUUGUGUCUCUCUUUUUCAUUCCAAUCAUGUGCAUUUAUCUUCAGCCUCCAACAGAAAAUUCUCAAGAUCAAGCCAAGUUCAUUGCCCUCUUCUAUACUGUUGUCACCCCUGGCCUGAACCCUCUCAUCUAUACCCUAAGAAACAAAGAUGUCAGAGGGGCAGUAAGGAGGCUGACUGGGUAUGAAAGGGAGCAGUGA